GGUCUGUCCUCAUCAGCUGUUACUUGACCACAAAUGUGGGCAGACUGAUGUUUUUACUGGACAUUGUGUGGACUAUAAAAGGCCAUGGACAGAUUCAGACUGCGCAUUGAAAAUCAAAUUUUGUGAAGUGAACAAUUCCGGAAGGAUCAAAGAGUAAUCACCUGAGUUAAAAAUGGUCCGUUUAACUGUAGCACUGUUGUUUGUUGUUGCUGUUGCCUUUGUUGUUGCUGAUGAGGAUGAAGACAACUCCUGUGCCGAAACAAAUGAUUGUCCAUGUGGAAGCAUUUGCAAUGAUGGCGCAUGCGUAGAAGGUUGUUUGUUGUUCGACACAUUUAUGCCGGCGGGAUCCGAGUCUGAAGUGUACGGCAGAAAAUGUCAUUGUGGCGAUACCCCCGACGAGAAAGGAAUGUUGCUAGAGUGUGCUGAAAAUGUAGAGUUUGUAGGCGCUCCCGAAGGCGUCGCUGAAUGGGAGAACAACCCUGCUUGUGAAGUGACAGCCGAGGAGGCCCCGGCUGAUGCUGCUACCGAAGCACCCGCUGCUUAAAUCAUUAAGACCUUCAUCAUGUUCAAGUUACACCAAGUUCACGACCGCAUGUUAUUCCGACUUUGACUUGUAUAUAGAACAUAAUUAUUAUUAUUAUGAAAUAAAGUAGUGUCAUU